AUGGUCAUUGCACCCACCACGCCACGUCGGCGCACAACGGCAUCAUCAUCUUUCUCGCCACUGUCACCAACUCUGUCACCCACUUCUGCCAGUCGCACACCCGCUACACCAUCGUUCGAUGUACAGCAAGACAUGGAGGAUCCCACCGCAACACCGAGCGCCUACAUCCGAUCCAACACUGCCAGCUCCUCGAAACCUAGCCCUGUCUCUGAACCGCACGUCGCCGAUGACUCAGACGCCGAAGAUGAAGCGCCCGACUAUCUCCGCCUGCUCUCCACCCUCCAUCCUAAAUCCAAAUCUGCUUCCAACGCAUCCGGCAUCGUCAUCCCCAAGCGAGGCGAGAAAGAUUUCGAACCCACCGGUUUCGGUGGUCAAUCCAAACUGCUCGAGCGAAGCAGAGAAGCCAUGUUCACAGCCGUCUCGGGAGAGCGCAGAGUGGCAUAUCGCUCGCUCGUGCGAGCCACGUGGGAUGCUAGAACGAGGAGGGCGAGAUUGUUGGACAUACAGGGUAAAAUUUUCGAAACCGUGGGGGUGAUCCAGAGAGAACAGGUGGUCGACAAAGCUACAGGCAAGUUGGUCACCAAAGCAUGGAACGAGCUAUUGCCUGAAGAAGCUUUGUUUCUCACCGAAAGAGGCAGUCUGCAGAUCUAUCACCCAGCCGAAGCGCAGCCGCAGCCGCAGCCGCAGCCGAACGAGGAGGAGCCGGCGCUGGUGCCCAUGUCGGUACAACAAGCGUUUGCCGCAUUGAUGCAGCCUCUGAGCGAGCCAGAUUCGACGAUACAGCAAGACGAGCCACUGACGAGGGAAGCCUAUCUUAUCUAUGCCCACCUCAAGCGGCUCGGAUACGUGGUGCAACGCGCGAGCAUCGUAGACGCCAUUCGUGCCGCCCCGAUCUCGGCUUCUGCGCUCGCCAAGAAGAACACAACCAACCAAACUCAAGCGGCGCAGCAAUCUUCGGCAAAAGCCAAUCAGCCUGUCAAGCCAAAGAGUAUCAUUGCGGAUCCGCAGCGUCCGAUCAAGCUCACCACCAUCUUCGACAUUUUGCUGUACGCACCACGACGUAUAAUGCAGCUUGCAGCCGACGGCGUGAGCGCGUUGGUGGAUUGGUGGCAGUGGAUUUGGCGCAACACCAUGGUCAGAAUGGGUACGUGGAUCGCCGCGCUGGCAUGGCGUGCCCGUGGAACGAGUGGAAGAGCGAAUGCGACGGCGACGGCGACGGCGCCUGGUCUUGGUCUCGGCCUCGGUCUGGGAUUGCACAACCAGCACCAGGAUGGACGACGCUUCCUGGGCGAAAAGGGCGCGUGUAUCGAGUGGAACACUUACGAUGCCGUGUUUAGCUCGUUGCAGAUCGUACCCUCUGGACAUGACUUUUGGCUCCCUUGCGACUCGACAGGUGAUGUUCAAACCGAAACUUGCUCUGCCACCUCGACCAUCCGACUCGUGCCUGGGUCGCAUUCAAGAUCAUCCAGGAAUGAGCUGAAACCAUUCUACUACGCCUGGCGACCGGCGACACUGUAUCGCAAAUCGCAUCCUCCACCGGCCGAGUUCCGGAUCGUGAUCCUGAAUGCACGCACGACGCCUGUACCGUCGGUGUGGGCGUUUGAAACAAUGUUUGCGCACAUCCCGGUUCCCGGAUCGGACCAGGAGCUGGUCGGUGGUGCUUGCUCAAGCACUACAAGUGCCACCGAACAAGGCGGGCAAGGCGUCGAGCGAACGAUGAGCGAGCACGAAAUUCGAGAGAGGCUCGAGUACGAAAAGCAACUCAAGGCAUCCAACCAAGCCAAAAACCGAGCGGCGUACGGCAAAUUCAGCCAAGGCAAGCAAAAGUUUCUGCGCGAAAAAGCAGCAGCCAGACAGCAAGCUGCUGAACGAAGAAAGGAGCUUUUGAAAAGCUCGAGUGCGAACGAAUGGGCAAAACGGAUGCGCCACACAAGCGUAUAUACGAUGCUGGUUCGAAUCGCACUGCUCGAUUUCACGCCGGUGAAAGCGGUGGCGAGGCUCUUCCGGCAUUCGCCCGGCUGCUGGUCGCCCCCCGCACGUGCCAACAGGAUGCACGCAGGUGCCAAGUGGAAAUCUCGCAACACACCUCGUGAGGGAGGCAACGGAAGAGGCAGCACUGGCAAUCCCUUCCCGCCGCUCAAGGCGGGCAGGAGGAGCGUGGUCGUCGCAGUUGUCGACGGCAGUGUCACAACGUUGCUCCGCUUCGGCGAGGCUGAAUUUGCUCAUUGGUCGCUCUACGGUUUGCCGCACGAGUCGCAGACGCAGAGCCAUCACACGCCGUGA